UCAUGAGCAUCGGAGAGAUCUUACAAUAAAUGCUAACCAUUGACCAAUGCAAAGCCUCACUCUUCCUUUUCUAACUACCCUUUACUCUUUUUAUGCAUCUUCUCUCCUGAGUCCUGAGUCCUGGACCUCUUUAACAACUACUUAUCACUACAACACUCACUGCAACUCCAAUGGAACAAACUUUUCUUUUUCUCUUUCUCUUUCGCCACAUCUCGCCAACACAUCAACAAUCUUAAUUCCUCGUUCCUCUCUUUCUCCAAACCAAGCAACCCACGACUCUGCUCCGCGCCAACAAAAUGGGUUGCUGCGUCAGCACCAACAGAUCCUAUCCUUCACCCUCAAGAAACAAGCUUUGCGACCCACCAAGAUCUUCCACCACCAAAGGCUCAGAAAGCAGAGCGCCGCCGCCGGACGAGGAAACGGUGAAGGAAGUCUUGUCUGAGACACCCAAAUGGAAGCCCAAAUUCGAAGCCGUGAAGCCAACAGAGAGCCAAGUUGAGAAGCCAUUCGCCAAACCUGAAGAGAUCUCCGAGCUCUCCGAAGUUUGCAGCGUCAGCGAGAGCGUGUCCACGCUCGCCGACGAAGAAGCGCGUCAAAGGGUCAACAUUAACAGAUCUCCGGCCAAGCUGCGCAAAGCACCCUCUUUUUCCGGCGAGUUCGGUGCCCGGAGAGAAAGGACGGCGGGGAAGUCUCCGGCGAGGCGCCCGGAGCAGUCCCCCGGAAGAAGGAAUGUUGGGUCGGCGAGAAUUGUUCAAAUGGCCAACGGGGGCGCCGGAAACCAGGGUCGCCGGCGAGACGCCGGCGAAAAUUCCGGUCGCCGAUCCAGGUCGCCGGCCACCCGCACAGACAGCGUGGCUACUAGAUCCGUAGUGGGUCGGAGUCCGUCGGCGAGGAGAGCGAACCAAUCUCCGGCUAGGGCGAGAACCGCCGCGCCGGAGUGUAGUUGCCGGAAAAUUGAGAAUUCGAACAUGGAGUCGUUAGAAAACCCACUUGUGUCGUUGGAAUGCUUCAUAUUUCUUUAAGGCAAGGGCAAUCGUGGUGCCAUGCCAAUGCCAGCAUAAAGUAGGUGAGAUUAAUGAUGUGCUCUCUAGUUACUAGUAAGUCAUAGUAUUAAUUUAUGUAGUUUGUUUAAUUUUAAUUAGUGUAUGAUGGUACGUGUAAAUAGUUGAAGUCAAUGGUCAAUUUUAGGGGUGGUUGAUCCCAUAUGGCCUUUUGGAGAGUUGAAUACGUAAAUGGUAAUGGUGAAAAAAGAAUUGAAUUGACCUGCGGGUACAUUUUGUUCUUCUACUUCACCCAUUUGCAGGUUUGGAAAGAUUGCGUCUCUGUACCAAGACAAAUCGUUAAUCGGCAAAUUUCCAACAGCUAGUUUA